GAGUGUUAGUUCUUGCUAGCGAGCAGAACGAAGCUUCGGAAGUUUGGCCGCGUGCGGAGGAGUUCCCGACGUCCAAAAGUCACGAUCUUGAUAUGGAAAGAUAUAGAUACUUGAGUCAUGCAUCACGUCGAAGUGGAAUGAAGCCAUUUGGAUCAACCAUAAGGCCGGAACUUAUUUUCUACCGAGACAUGUCCGGUAAGCGAGCAAACGAAGCCCAUGGAGGAUUUGGAGUGUCUAAUGGCCCGAGCAGCAGCGCCCAAGGCCUUGAAUGA